AACACCUUGUGCAAAAAUGUAACUAAAUAGAACAGACCAUCGAUUCGGAGUAGAGUCAGUAAAUCGAACGCUUCUACUCGCUUAAAUUAUUAUACUAAUAUAAAAUCCAUCAUAACUUACUAUAAUACAGAAGAAAUUUACAUUCUUUUAUUAUAUUUUAUGAUUUGAAUAGGUUAGAAAUAAAAUAGAAAAUAACGAAGACAAAGCUAAUCGACGAUGACAAGAUGGGAAAAUAACUAGGCAACUUUAUGAAGUAUGUAUGGAUGCAUGUAACAUACAUAUGCAUACAUAUGUAUACAUACAAAUGUUCAACGUGUACAAAAAUUCCAGGACAGAAAAAAUGUAGUUAAUCAAGAAAUACCUAUAAGUUAUCUUAAGGAAGUUAAGAAGACUUGUCAACAUGAAUAAGACUUCGCAAAGAACUGGACAAACAUUGAAGUAUGUGAGUUUGGUUACUCUCACGCUUCAAAAUGCUACAGUUGGCCUCAGCAUGCGAUAUUCACGUACUAGAGCAGGAGAUAUGUUCCUUUCUUCUACUGCUGUUGUGAUGGCUGAAGUAGUCAAAUUGCUCACUUGCCUUGUAUUAGUAUAUGUCGAAGAGGGAAACUUUGAGAAAUUUUACAAAGCACUACAUUUGACAAUCGUGAAGCAACCUUUUGACACCUUGAAAGUUUGCGUGCCAUCCCUUCUAUACAUUAUUCAAAAUAAUUUACUUUAUGUCUCCGCAUCCAAUUUGGAUGCAGCUACACAUCAGGUUACGUAUCAGUUGAAAAUUUUGACGACGGCGUUCUUCGCAGUGACGAUACUACGUAGAUCUCUAUACUCUACCCAGUGGGGUGCUCUCGUGCUUUUGGUCAUCGGAGUAGUCUUGGUACAAUUAGCGCAGACUGUAAAGGCGCCAUUACCUUCGGGUAUCGAACAGAAUCAUUGGCUAGGCUUUUCUGCUGCCUUGAGUGCAUGUUUUCUAUCUGGCUUUGCAGGAAUUUACUUCGAAAAGAUACUCAAGGGUUCCGACAUUUCGGUGUGGAUGCGAAAUGUGCAAUUGAGCGUAUUAUCUAUACCAUUUGGCUUGGGGACAUGUUUCUUACAAGACGGCAAUGUCAUACGCAGACAGGGCUUUUUCUUCGGUUACGAUUUAUUCAUUUGCUAUCUAGUGGUCCUCCAAGCAGGUGGUGGAUUGAUUGUGGCUAUGGUAGUUAAAUACGCUGAUAACAUAUUGAAAGGAUUCGCCACGUCCCUGGCUAUCAUAAUUUCCUGCAUAGCUUCCGUUUAUCUUUUCGACUUUCAUCUAUCGUUUCAGUUCGCUUUGGGUGCAUUUCUUGUCAUCUGCUCAAUAUUUCUCUAUGGUCAUCAGCCAAAAAUUGUGUCCCUCGAUAAACACACAUCUGCUGAGAAAGUCUGAUAGUAACGAAAAUACGAAUGUAUUUUCAGUGAAGUAAUACUCGACAUCACGUUUUUCUCAAACCUCUUUAACUAAUGUUAAUUUGAUAAUAUGGAUUUUAUAACACUUAAUAAUCAAGAGUAGAAGCAAUUUAAAUGCAUUAACAAAAACAAUGCAUUAAAAUGAAAAUUAUAUUUAUAGAAAUUUAGAUAAUGCUAUUUUUGAAAACAUUGAUAAAAUCGACCAUAAGCUUUAUAUCGUAAAAAGUAAUGAGAGAAUUAUUGUACAUAUAAAAGAAUCACGAGUGCAAUCAUGUUUUUUAUAUCCACUUUUGAUUCUGAUUAACUUUGAUAAUCAAGACGAGAAAGUUAAGAAUGGCAAACGAAACAUAGAGGCCUGUAGAAACAUGUAGAUACAUUAAAACGAAAUUAUGCACUACGAUAGAUAGUUUUACCCAGGGUUGGGUAAAUUAAUAUUUUUUUUUAUCUAAUUUAAAUUACAUUUAAUGGUUUAUAAAAUUGAUUUAGUUACGUUGAAAGUUAUACGAAUAGAAAAUUAAUUCAAUUAAAAGUUAUGUUAAGAUUAAAUUAAAAAUUAAUUUUGAAGAGUAUUAUUUAUAUUAAAUUAGAAAGUCGUAAUUUUUUCAAGUUCAAAACAGUUAUGAUAUGAAUAAUCAAAUUUAAUAUUUUAUUUGUAAAUUAAUUUUAUAAAAUAUUUUUUAUGUGUGAAUUUUUUUUUAUAAUUAUUUUCUUUUUUACACAGAUAAGUUUUUUAAUUUAGGAAAAAAACUACUAAGUUAAAAUUUAUGUGUUUUAAAAAUAACUGAAGUUAAAAAUGAAAUCAUUUAAAAUUAAUUAAAUGAAGUUAAAAGUUAUUAACUUUUAACUUUCUAACUAGUUACUACUCAACCCUGGUUUUGUCUACUUGUUGUAGAUACGACACGAUGGCAUUUGUAUUUAUUUUUGUAUAGCUUCAAACAUUUCCAUAUGUUUGAUCAAAAUGUAUCGAUAGGUCAGUAAGUUAUUAUAUUCGCAUUAUGUACUUAAUUAAAUAAAUUUUAAUAAAUAUGGUUUUUACGAGAA